UGGAGCAGUUAACAGUUAACGCUUCGCUGCAGGCUCGAUAUAACCAAUGAUUCUCACGUGCCUUUAAAAAUAUAAUUAAAUGUAAUAAAAAAAAAAAUAGAGAGAGAAAGACAGGAAGAGAGAGAGAGAGGGAGUCUUAGAAGCUGGAGUGAAUUAAAGGAAACAAUCGUGUUCGUGUCGGCAGAGAGAAUAAAAAGAGGAAGAACGAGGCGGAGCCGCGUCAGACAGCCGGGCUUCCUGCGCUCCUCCGAGUCAUGGACUGAACCUCCACGGACUGUCGGCCCACUCUGGACGGUUUCGUGCCACAUUCGAAGAUGAGUGACGAAAGCAGCAGCACUUCUUCCUCCCAGUUGGUGGAGGACUUCGAGGGGGAGCUGGACGAGGAGGUGGACAGCGACGGAGGGAAGAACCAGACGGGGCGGAGCGGCCCGACCCAGCCGUCCAGCUUCGCCUCUCUGCGCGCCGUCAUCCGCAUCAAGCAGAAGUACCAGGCCAUGAAGCUGCGGCGUCAGGAGAUGGCCCACAGCCUGGUGGCGGCGGCGGCGGCGGGCGGCCUCGCCGGGGCUCCGGGACGCACCAGCCCCAAAAUCUUCACCUUCGACGGACUCAACCCGGCCACUUUCCCCGCCUUUCCUUCUGUCCCUCAGAGGAAGAAGAGGAGGAGGAAGAGGCGGGUGUUGUUUCCCAACGACGGGCCGUGCAAAACGGUGCCCAAGCAGCAGGAGCGCAGCCGGGCCACGUACUGCCUCUACCUGCUGAUCGCAAUAGUCUUUGUCCAGGUGUACAACGCCAUCGAGAACCUGGACGACCACGUUCUCCGAUACGACCUGGAAGGCUUGGAGAAGACUCUGAGGCGCGAGGUGUUUGGCCAGCAGGGGGCGGUGGAGGGCCUGGUGUACCACCUGAAAGACUACCUGUCCACAUACGUACACAACAAGCCGCUGGUGGUGUCCAUCCACGGGCCCAGCGGGGUGGGAAAGAGCCACCUGGGCCGCCUGCUGGCCGGACACUUCCGCUCGGUGGUGGGGGACGCCCUGGUGCUGCAGUACUACGUGCUUCACCACUGCCCCCAGGAGGCGGAGGCCGUGCAGUGCGCCCGCAACCUCUCCUCUCUCAUCUCAGAGAUGGUGGAGAGGGCGGAGGAGGAGGAGAAGAUCCCGCUCUUCAUCUUCGACGAGGCCGAGCACAUGCAGGUGGAGAUCCUGGACGUCCUGCUGCAGCUCGUCGCCUCCAAGAAGUCCAACGAGUACCUGAACGCCAUCUACCUGUUCCUCAGCAACCUGGGCCACGCGCACAUCACCAAGCACAUGCUGCAGAACUCCUCCAGCAUCUCCAUGGCGAUGACGGCCUCGGGCCGUCACAGAAACCUGGUCAAGGAGCUGACCCCCGUUCUGCGCAACACAUUGGAGAAGCAUCACCGGCUGUGGGCCGAGGCCGACCUCUUGCCUCUGGGACUUCUGGAGAAAAGCCACGUGAUGGAGUGUUUUCUGGAAGAAAUCACCCGAGAGGGAUUCUACCCAGACCACAGCAACAUCGAACGCCUGGCGGGGGAGAUCCAGUACUACCCCGUAGUUGCAGGGCGAGAAUAUUCCCAGUCGGGCUGCAAGCAAGUGGUGGCAAAGGUCAAUCUGCUGUGAAACGCCCUCGCUGGAAACCUUUGACGUUAUUCUUUCUUCUUUGUUUUUGCUUUUUUGUUUACACUCCUUUUUGUCCAUGAAGAAUACAAGUGGGAGGGGAGAGUGAUGAAAUCUGAAACUUGAAAAGGCAGAACUGAAAACCCAAAGCCAGAGCUGGAGGUUUUCCAGACACAUGGGGAAAUAAAUCCUGUGAAAAUAUUCCAAACACUCCUUAGAGGAUCGGUCCACCCAAAUGACAUCACAUUAUUUAUUGCUUACCACAGUUAGCAUCUCUUCCCAUUCAACACAUCGAGAGUUUCCCAGGAUACGGCAAAUUCAAAAAUCGACCUCAUGGGUAUUAAUUAAUAAACUUAAUAUGAAUUAAUAGAUACAUUAUUAAGUCUAAUGAUGAAUGCUUUUAGACUGACUUAGGGCUGUUACUAUUAUUAUUAAUGCCAGUAUGAAAUUCUCAUGACAUGCUUGAGUUUAUGUUAUUGAGGUAUUUUCUGCACAUGCUGCUUCAUCUGCUUGCUUUUUGCUUUUAAACAGAAAAGCUCUUGCAGCUCAACUGUAAUAUUGAUAAUAUUAUGACAGAAAUAAUAAUAAUGUCUGUCACCUUCAAACCUUUUAGCCUGCAUCGCACUACAGAUGAAGUUCUUGUAUUACAUUUUUCUUUUUCUAAAUAUAAAUUUUAGCCAUACGAUAAUUUCUUUCCAAGGUAUUUAUUUUGAUUCCUGCCAUUUGGUGACGUUUUCCUGCUCUGGUAUUAAUAGAUCCAGCAGGUAUUUGGUUUGGUUUCAGCAUGAAGCCAACCAGAGCUUCAUACUGAAACCUUUUGUCAUUAUCUUAAUCACAGACGAGGGGAAGUCGGCGAGGUGUGUAUUUGGGUCACGGUUGGUUUGAAUCAAGCGUCUUCUAACGUUAACAAGAACAGCUUUCAUCAGAAAACCGCAUUUGCACAAUGCAAGGUGGGUGUGCUGGACUAAAAACAGACAAAUGUUCCCUCGCAGCUGCAUUUAGACCUGAAUCGGUUGUUUAGAGUCUUUCUCAAAUAACCGAGGCAGAAUUGGAUCAUAAGACAUUUCCCCCCCAAAUAUGUUUCUAUUCUAUGAUGUAGGAUCUCUUUGUGAGCUUAAAAAGGUGAUGAACUCCGACUGGUAUGUUUGUUAAAUGAUAAAAUCUUUGGCAGAUUUUGAAAUAUUUAAGUUUGAAUUUAGAGCCGCACGUUUUUCUGGUCUCCAGACGACGUUGGGGCCCCUAUUGGGCCCCUUUGGGUGGAUCUUACAAACUUGGUAUCAUGUCAAGUUUUUGUGAUGUAAAGAGAGAAAAAAAGAGAACUUCAGGACUUUUUCCUCCUGAGAUGUGCAAUGGAUGCUCACAACAAAAGAAGAAAAAAAACAGUCAGGGGUGGGAAUUUAAAAAGAAAAAUGCAAAAGCUUGUUGUUAUUUAUGUAUGUACUUUUGCUAUGUGUAUGUAAAUUGGGUGGACUAAUCCUUGGAGCAAAGUAGGCAGCUCAAACAGAAAUGUCUCCAUAAGGACUGAAGGACGUUGCUUUAGUUGACUCUGCAUCGCCACUAAAGGAGCUUUUUCUUCCAGGACCUACUGAACCUCCAGACUGAGACGUUUCUCAUCAAAACCAAAAGUUCUGUUCUGUCCUAACGACGAGUCAUGCAUGAGCAAUGUGACUUUUUCUCGCAUUCGAUCGUUUCUUUAAAACAUCAGUUUAUUUAUUACCCAUUCAGACACGUUUUCAUGAUUCCCACCGAUUUUACAACGGAGGGACUGAACCCGGACCCACACCGGCAGAAUAAAUGCUUUCGUGGAGUCGGGAGGUUGGACUUAUUUUGCGUUGCUGUUGGUUCCGUCGUCUUCGUGUUGAUGUUCCGUGGCAAGAAAAGUCAUUUUAUAAACGCUUUGCUGUGGGAUUCUUCUCCAACACGAGUGUCAAAUGUUUUGGGGCAAAAGUUUUUAUAAACUUUAACUUUGAGUUGAAUCUUUUCUGUCACGUCACACACAAGCCGCUGAGUUGAGGUCUGUAUUUAUGAAGUUCAAGAUACAGGCCUUAAAAACUCAGAGCAAUUUUUAGCAAUUUUGCCAAAAAGUGUAACUGUGCAGCUUGUAAACCAUUGUGUAUCUUUCUCUGUGAUGUUCCAGUCGUUUUAGUUACUUUAAAUUAUUUCCGAUCCUUUUUAGUUGCUCUGUAUCCAUGAAACUCUUUGAACUGAUUUGCAUUUCUCUGCAUUUCUCUACUUCCACAUAGUUCUCUGGAGAUUAGAGCAUGAAGUGGAUGGAAAAUUCUUCACUCUGUUUCUUUUAGUUCUUUGGUUGAUGUUUGGACGAUUAUUCCUGCUCGUUUUGGAAGCUGCGCAGCUGGAGGGAUUUGCUUUCCUGCUUUCUGGCAACAAGGCUUUGUUUUUGAGACAGACAGCAGCUGAUUAGCGUCACUAACGCUCAAAUAGGAGGAUUCAUGGCUGCAGAAGGAGCAGAGGCAGAAGGAGGAAGUUCAAACCGUCUCUUCCAUUGAUCAUAAAGGUCAAACGUCAAAUCCCCUGGCUUUCCAACCACACGGCCAGACGGAGAGAUUUAAACAGAAGCGGCAAAAGCAAAUGAGGUGGAUUAGCAGUGUUUGCCAAUUGAUGGUGUCAUGAGGCUGUCAGGCAGCAGCAGCCUGUUCUAACAAACCUCUGAGACCUUCAAAGAACAGAAAUGAUUCAUGUGAGCCAGUUUAAAGUGCCAGUAUCAUGUUUUCCAGCCACAUAGUGACAUUUAGAGUAACUAAUAACGUUGCUCCUUUAAAGAGAAUACAGCUAAAAUAAAAAAACGUAUACAAUUUUCUUUAUUGUGAAUUAUAUGGAAGAGGAUUAAAGCCGCUGGAAAAAAAAAAAAAGACAAGGCGGUGCUUCUACAAUAGGAAGUGUUGCAGCUUUUAGGUGAGGUUACAAAAACAGAAUCCUGGACCAGUUCAAAACAGAAACACAACCUUCCACUUAACUCACUGGGCUAAAUGGGCCAUAAGAGGCUCAUUUAGCCCAGUCAGUACAUGAGUACCAACAUGUGCAUGUUUUGUCUUGCUAACCACUAAUAAUUUUUUGCCUCCUGCAUUGAGUCAUUUUUAUUGGUCUGAAGCCACUUGGCAGCAUUUGACUCCAUUUGUGGUUAUUUAAUGAUUUCUUUAAUGUUGCAGCAUUUCAACUCUUUGUAGAGGCCACUAGCUUCUCUUUGAUGUAUUAGCCCUUUUUACUUUCAAUUAUUACUUUCAUCUUUAUUACACAUUUGUCGUCAGCGCGUCGUUAUGAUGUGGAAGGAAAAGGAGAAAAGCC